UCACCCUCCUCUCUUCUUCUCAUAGUCUUCCUUUUUACAAAUCUAUAUAUAUCACGAUUGUUACACCCUCUUCUUGUAACCAAAUGGUUUUGACUUUACUAUUAGCGUUGUUGGUCAUGUUUACCGGCAGCUCUUCAGCUCAGCUCUCUACUAACUUUUACUAUAAGACUUGUCCCAAGCUCCUUAACACGGUUAGAGCUGGUAUUCACUCUGCUGUGGCUAAGGAAGCACGCAUGGGCGCUUCACUUCUUCGCCUUCACUUUCACGACUGUUUUGUUAAUGGUUGUGAUGGAUCGAUUCUUUUGGAAGAUACUCCUACGUUUACAGGAGAGCAAACAGCAGCUCCCAACAAUAGAUCUGUUAGAGGUUUUGACGUGAUUGAGAGCAUAAAGAAAAAUGUAGAAAAAAUUUGUCCUGGUGUUGUCUCAUGUGCUGAUAUUUUGACUCUUUCUGCUCGUGACUCUGUUGUAGUGCUUGGAGGGCCAAGUUGGAAGGUAAAAUUAGGAAGAAGAGAUUCUAAAACAGCCAGCUUCUCUGAUGUCACUGGUGCUAUUCCUCCGCCAACCUCAACUCUUGACACCCUUAUCAAUCGAUUCAACACAAAAGGCCUCUCCCCACGAGACUUGGUUGCCUUAUCUGGGGCUCACACAAUUGGACAAGCAAGAUGUUUGUUUUUCAAGAACCGUAUAUACAAUGAGACCAACAUUGAUGAGUCAUUUGCUGAAGAGAGACAAAGGACUUGCCCAACGAAUGGAGGAGAUGACAAUCGUGCCCCUUUAGACUUCAGAACUCCAAAGCUUUUUGACAAUUACUACUACAAAAACCUCUUGGAGAAGAAGGCUUUGCUUCGGUCCGAUCAAGUGCUCCACGACGGCGGAUCCACUGAUUCAUUGGUUGAACUUUACAGCGAUGACAGUGAUACCUUUGAACAUGAUUUUGUUACAGCUAUGAUUAAAAUGGGCGACAUUCAACCGCUCACUGGAUCACAAGGUGAGAUUCGUAAGAUUUGCAGCCGACCCAAUUGAGAUUCACAUUCAUGAUGGAGAAUAAAUUUGUUUCCUUGUUUUUUCAUUUGAAAUUGGUUUGAGCAAAAAUAAACCUCCACAAGUGUGGAUGGAGUUGUCUUUGUUUUUUUUUCUUUUAUACUUUUUCUAUUUAAUUAAUAGUUUGAUUUUGUAUUGUUUAAUCUUUGACUACUGAGUCCUAAUUAUCAGAUUUCCUACUUGCAAUUAAUUUAAAAAUACAAUAUUAUUUCAUGUAA